CCCACUAAACUCCUCACUACUCUCACAGCCAUCAAAGCGGCUCAUCUCAGUCGAGUUGGCGACUCAAGCGCUACAAAAACUAACCGACACGGCAAAAUGUCGACGCUCGCUUACUCUGAAUCUCGCCGGGUGUGCCCGUCAAUCCGCGGCAACAGGUUUGACACGGCGAGCCGCAAGCGCGCAGUGGCGAACAUCUUCGACAACGUGAACCAGGACGCGCUAAUGAGGCUCUUCCAGAAAACGGGAGACAUGAAAGCCGAGGAGAGAGUGAGAAGCAUCUUCUCCUACGCACACGAUCCCGAAGAGACGGCCAAAGCAUUGAUGGCCCUCAAACAGAGGAAGAAGGAUAAAUUCUUGCAGAUCGUGGGAGCGGUGCGUCAAUUUCUGAAGCUACGUUGACCGACUGCGCGCAUUGAACGCGGGUCGUUGAUUCAGACGCGUGCCAGUGACGCAUUUAACCCUGGCCAUGAAAGAGUCGCCCAGAAUGGGCAAGAGACGAUAGAUGAAGGAAAGUCUCGAAAAGCCAAUGCAUGGCACGAACUUUGAAGUCUCGCACACUGCACACUUGCUUUGUUUGAAGACAUGAAGGACGGCUGUGUGACUCGUGAUGUGCGCACGAGAGAAGCAAUAACGUGAAGGAAUCCCGGUGCGCCCGGACCAUAUAAAUAUGGAGACUCAACAAACCUUUGUUAAAAUGGACUUCACGUACUGUCACACCUUAUAGGUGUAUUUCAUUUGGUGCACCAGAACUGUGAUUGGAAACCGGUGCUGAAGUUUCAUUGCCUAUUAUAAACAUUGAAAUGCCUGUAUCCCAGUUUAAUAUUGUGAUGCUUAUUGUAACAUUUAAUGGCUACUAAUGUAUUUGUUACAAACUCACAAUGUUAUGAGAACACCACUUAAUACAUUGUUAUUCAUUUUUUAUAUUAUUUAUUUAAUAAAUUAACAAAAAAGA